AUGGCGGCGACCGGGGAGGGAACGCCUGCGCACUUUGUCAAGGUCGAGGAGGACAAGUCGCAGCGCAAGGGGCGCUCGCGGCUGAUCCGGUACUUCCUCGUGGACUCGGAGGGCAACCGGACGCUCGCGGCCGUCGGCGAGGAGGCGGCGCAGGGCGACGCGCACUACAAGUACUACAACCACCCCUCGUUCGACGCGCACGGCGAGCUGACGUGCCACAACCGGAAGGACCUCAACGCCUGGCUCGACCGGGUCAUCGCGGACUCGCGCGUCGCCGCCGGCCUGCCGCCCACGGACGGCUCGGAGGCGGUGAACGUGAAUCUGCCGGCGGACGCGCCGCCGUGGGUGGACUCGCGGCAGGAGCGCUUCACGCAGGAGGGCAAGCGCGGCGCCCGGUACUACCUCAUCGACGCGAGCGGGAGGGAGACGCUGGCGGCGAGCGGCACGGAGCGCGGGAGCGGCCAGUACGCCUUCAACAGCACCCCCUACUUUGACGCGUUCUACCCGCUCAAGGCCGGCAACAUGUCGACGACGCAGCGCUGGCUCGGCGACGUCGUCGCGGCCUCGAUGGCCGUGCACGGCCGCGCGGACGGCGUCGGCGCCGGCGCGCACCGGAAGGCGCAGCCCGGCGCCAAGCGCGGCAGCGAGCCCCGGCUGGGCGGGGCCGCGGAGGCGAGCCACCUGAAGCGGCUGCGCAUGAUGCAGAUGGAGCAGGACAGCAAGGCGCGCUCGGGGCAGAACCUCGCGCUCGAGGUCCUCCGCGAGGAGUGCGGCCGGGAGCGGCUGCGGCGCAUGCUGCUGCGGCACACCGCGGCGGUGAUGCUGCAGGACGAGGACGCGGCGACGCCGGCGGUGACGAACGAGGCGCUCGCGGGCCACGUGGAGGUCCUCGACCGGUACGCGGACCAGCUCGAGGGCGGCGGCGGCGGGCGGGGCGGCGCGGCGGUGGACGAGCGCGCGGCCGCCGUCGCGCUGCACGCCGUGGCGUCGCGGCAGCUCACGUUCCGGACGGUGUCGCAGUUCGACCUCGUCCCGCUGCUCCGCCGCCUCGCGCGCGCGUGGGCGCCGCCGCACGAGGCCUGCACGGCCGCGCCGGCCGUGCUCUUCCCCGGUGCGGGAACGCCGCGGACGACGGGCCGCCGGCGACGCGCGGCCGCGCCGGAGCCCCGCGCGCCGCCGACGGGACCGCGGGCGGGACCGCAGCAGCAGCCGGACGGCGCGCGGCGUGGCCCGACGCCGAGGCGGUCCCGGCGCUCGCCGCCGCCCUCCUCGACCGCAUCCGCGGCGCGUGCGCCCAGACGGGCCUCGUCCUCGCGGACCCGCGCCUCAUCGAGGACCCCGUCCAGCUCCUCGACGCGGCCCUCGCGCAGCGGCCAGACCUGCUGCACCUGCAGCUGCACCGGUCCGACCCGACGCGGGCCGUGCGCGACGCGUUCCCGCACGGGUACCGCCCGCUGA